UCUUGAUUUAAUCUAGCACAAGGAAUUCACCCAGACACAAUAAUGGGAUGAACGAUUGACAAAAGAAAAAACAAAACAAACAAACAAGUCAAUGGAGACUCUUAUUGUUUAGCAUUAGUAGAAGAAUGUAGAAUGUUGAGUUUUAUUGUGAAAAGGCCAGUCUUUGUUUGCCCCGAACAUGUCCCUCCCUUUGGUGCUAUGAUAAUUAGGGCCAGAUUUUAACCUACAGCAAGUGUAAGAACAAGAACGUACACCAAAUGAAGACAUCCGAAUUGCUCUGUAUGAAUUAAUAGCAGUGGCAUUCUGGUAUCUCUGACCUUCUGACCUCAUCCAAAUAUUUGUUGUGACAAUGUCUCCAGUCUCAUGUUAUCUGCUGGUGUUCACAUCAGUCCUGUCAUUGAGCAGGGUAACAGAGGGACAGACAGCACCAGUGAUAUUCUAUCCAUUCGGCUCAGUGGCAGGAGACACUGUUAAUAUUUCCACUGAGGAUGAAAUCUCCCAGCUUAUCGACCUGUGGAGUCCUUUUGUGUUCUUCGGGCGUGCGUACAACAGGACAUAUGUUAACAGUAACGGAGACCUUACAUUCAACCAGCCUUCAUCAGAGUAUAUUUCUCAACCCUUUCCCAUCAAUGGAAGUGAAGACAUCAUUGCUCCCCUCUGGACUGACAUUGAUGUCAGUGUGAAUGGCAUCAUUUCAUAUCAGCAGUACUCAACCGGGAGUGUUCUCACACGUGCCACUCAGGAUAUAAACCAGUACUUCCCUGGUCUGAACUUCAUGGCUAUUUGGGUCCUUGUUGCAACUUGGGAUAGAGUUGCAUACCAUUACCACUCUGGCACAGAAACAUCGUUUCAAGUGGUUUUGAUUUCGGGUAGUGAUUUGUCCUUUAUUCUAAUGAAUUAUGGUGACUGUGCUGCUACACAUAAUAUUGUGCAGGCUGGUUAUGACACUAUAAACUCCACGGCCUACUUUGCAAUUCCUGGGUCAAACAAUGGGAACUUUAUGCCAAACCUAAAGAACUCCACCAAUGUCAAUGUUCCAGGCCGAUGGGCCUUCAGGGUGGAUGGUGGAACACAUCAAAACAGUCUACAAGAAAAUGUCGUAGGAAUUCAAAUGAGAGUUACUUCAUUUUCAGACCUAAGAGACAGUGCAAACAUUGAGACUGUUAUAGAGAAACUACAACAGGAGCUGAUCAAGUACGGUCUGCCAAACAGCGUCAAACUGAACCUAAGAAGGGUGCAAAAGACUCAGCCCUAAUAUCAGCCUUGUACAAGGAAAAAAAUUCUAACAGAGACCUGUUCAUUAAAUCUCUAGCAUCAAACAUACCUACCACUAAAAUAUAAC